CCUAUUUUACCCCGGAUGUCGCAAAGGCGUUAAGAACCCGCGCACGCUUGAUCAAUUUAACUAUACUCCUCCGCCUUGCUUCUCCAUUCGUCGUCGUCUCCGAUCGAUCAAGGAGUUGCGGUUUUAGAUUUUCUUCCGCGAAGAUGAAGCCGGUGCCGGUGUUCGUCGGGAACAUCGCGUACGGUACUCGCGAGUCGGAACUGGAACGAUUGUUCGGAAUUUACGGGAAGGUGGAGCGAGUUGAAAUCAAAUAUGGGUAUGGUUUUGUGUAUUUUGAAGAUAAAUGGGAUGCUGAAGAUGCAAUCCGCAAGCUUCACCGCUACCGUUUUGGAUAUGAGAAACGCAGCUUAUGGGUCGAAUGGGGGAGGGGUGAAGUCAGCAGCAGGCAUGAUGAUGGGUCAUAUCAGAAGCCUACAAAGACAUUGUUUGUCUGCAACUUCGACCCCUUUAAAACAAAAGAGAUCGACAUUGAAGAGCAUUUUAAACCUUAUGGUAAAGUCGUCAACGUACGUAUCAGGAGCAGCUACUCAUUUGUUCAGUUUGCAACUCAAGAAGAUGCUACAAAAGCCCUUGAAGCGACUCAAAGAAGCCAAAUAAUGGGCAAGGUUAUCCAUGUUGAGUAUGGCUUAAAAGAUGACGAUGAAAGAGAUGAUCGACGUGGUGGUCGUAGUCCGAAGAGAUCUCUUACCCCUGCGUACCAUAGCCGUCGAAUUCCUGAUUAUGCUCGUCCUCGAAUCCCUGAAUAUGACAGACGCAGGAGUCCAUCAGCUUAUGACCGACACAGGAGCCCAGCAGCUUAUGACAGACGCAGGAGCCCAGCAGCUUAUGACAGACGCAGGAGCCCAUCAGCUUAUGAACGACGCAGGAGUCCAGCAGCUUAUGACAGACGCAGGAGUCCAGCAGCUUAUGACAGACGCAGGAGUCCAUCAGCUUAUGAAAGAAAUAGGGAUCCAGAAGCUUAUGACAGACGCAGGUGUCCAGAUUAUGGACGUAGGAGUUAUGGUUAUGGUAGUCAAAGGAGUCCUCGUUAUGACAGAUACAGAAGUCGAUCUCCAGUGGCAGUUCCAAGCGGAAGAAAAGCUGAAGAAGAAUAUGAAGAAUGCAGAACCAGAAGCUACCAAGAAUGUUUGUGACACAAUGGUAUCUCGGCAGUAGAAGGGUAGAGUUCUAGUGUGCUUCU